AAACAGCAUAUAAGAAAAUCUGUCACAGUUUUACCACAAUGACAAUGUAUGUUUGAUGUGUCAUCUACAGGUAAUAAGUGGUAAUUGCUCUCAGGAGACAAAUAGUGUAGUAUAUAAAACCUACUGCGCAACUGAAAUAUGUUUUAUUAAAUGCAGGCAUUAAAGGACUGAUGUGUUGGCUGCUCUUUGUGCUCUACACAUUCCCGAAUAGUUAGCUCAGGACUUCAUAGUGUACAAUCCUUUCCACAGAAACUUGAAACCCGUCAAAACAUUUGCAUUUCUUCAAGUAAAAGAUGAACUGCUUUAGGGUAACUUCACUGAUAUCUCUUAGUAUUUUUUUGGUCAGCUGGGGAGAGACUGUCAUAACUAAUGUCAAACCUUGUUCAUCUAAGGGCACAAGGAAUGUUGGAGCUGUGGACGAACCACUCAAGGCAGAAGAGAAAAAUAAAUCUGCAGAUAUUUCAAAACAAAAAGAACAAUGCCUUGUACCAUGUGAUGUUCAAGCUAAAAUUUUACGAGGGGAAAAACAGUACAUGUGCAGAAAUUUACAGAACUCUCUUGUUGAAUACGCAAGAAGCACAAAAAAGCUGGUGAGAAACAUGAUGGAUGAUCAACAGUCUUCCUUGGAUUACCUUUCUAAUCAGGUGAAUGAACUCAUGAACAGAGUUCUUCUUCUGAAUGCAGAAGUUUUAAGAAAGCAUUUGGAUCCACUUCCUUACAAAGCAGUUCAAUCACAUGGGUUGGAUUGCACUGAUAUUAAAGAUACCAUCGGUUCAGUUUCAAAAACUCCAACUGGUCUGUACAUUAUUCAUCCAGAAGGAUCAAAUUAUCCUUUUGAGGUUUUGUGUGACAUGGAUUUUCAAGGAGGUGGAUGGACUGUAGUUCAGAAAAGAAGUGAUGGAAUCAUUACAUUUCAGAGAACGUGGUCUGAAUAUCUGGAUGGAUUUGGUGACCUAUCUGGGGAAUUUUGGCUUGGAUUGAGGAAGAUUUUUCAUAUAGUAAACCAAAAAGCAACUAGUUUCAGUCUUUAUGUGGAUUUGGAAUCAGAAAAUGACAAGCAUGCUUAUGCAGCGUAUGAUGGAUUUUGGAUAGAGGAUGAAGCAUGUUCUUUUAAAAUCCAUUUGGGGCAUUAUUCGGGAAACGCUGGUGAUGCCUUUAGAGGAUACAGAAAAGAAGAUAAUCAGAAUUCAAUGCCUUUCAGCACAUUUGAUGUUGAUAAUGAUGGAUGUAGGCCAGUGUGCACUAUUAAACAACAGCUUGUAAAGAGCUGCAGUAACUUCAGUGACAGCACUGGAUGGUGGUUCAACCAGUGUGGCCUUGCAAAUCUUAACGGUGUUCAUCGUUACACAGGUAGAUUUCUUGCAACUGGGAUUCACUGGGAUACAUGGACAGUGAACAACAAACCUGUCAAAAUUAAAUCAGUUUCAAUGAAAAUUCGGAGAACCUUUAAUCCAUAUUUCAAUUAACCUAUGAAAAUAGAAAUGCCUUUCUUCUUGCAGUUAUGUGGGAAAAUGUAUCACUGCAACAUUAACACUUUUCAUUUUCAGUAAAACAGUUCAGUCUUAAAACAUUAUUAGAUAUUUGCAUAAUACAGUUACUCAUUUUUAUUAGGAAAUGUCAGCAUUUGUAGUGUUCCCACUUGAGUAAGUAGGCCCUAAGAAAAGGAUUUUCAGAAAUAAAAGAUGAAGCUUAGUGUUUGUCAGCUUUUGUUUAUCUGCUUCUUAUGCAAUUUCAGUCAGUGGAAAAAUUAUAAUAAGGAGAGUAAUUCUGACUUUUGAAUGUGUUUCUUCUAUGCUCUCUGCAUAUCUGAAUUGCCAAGAAAAUGCAGGAAGUUUUCUUUAAAGCAUCAUAUACCUGUCAUUUCAGUAAUCAUAUUUUGGAAAAAUACCUUUUUUUUUUUUUUUUUUUUUUUCACCUUAGGUUAAUUUUCCAUAACCAGCUCUUCUUUCUAUAUUCCUUAUCAAGCAAGAUUACACUGGCUCAUGUCAGAGCAUAUGUAAGGUUUCUUACUUGUAUACCUUGUAAUACCUUCCCUGUAAAAUCAGGCCUUGAGAGUAUUGUGUGAACCCUGAGCAUUUUAUACUGUCAGGAUCUGAUUUUUAUACAAGUAAGGUAGAUCCUGAUGUGCAAGAACUACGGUCUGUUUUGUACUUAAGUUUCACAGUCAAUGUAUUUCAUAUUCAGGUUUUUACUCUUCCGUUAAGAUUUGUCUCUUUCACAAUUCACUGAAAAUGGACACUUGUUUUCAAAGAAAAUGUGUAACAUUUCAUAUAACCUUUGGAGUUUUAAUAUUUGGAUAUAUGGGCACGAUCUUGUCUUUUUCAUUCUUACUGGUAUUUACUUUGUGAAUGUUAAUGUAAUAAUGAACAGAAGAUUGGAGUAGUGUAAAUACAUUUUAAAUUAAGCAGUGUGAAGUGUUUGAAUUCCUAUCAAUAAAAAUGGAAUAAUAUC